AUGACCCCAGGAGGUAUAAAACGCAUCUCAACCCUCUUCCGUCCCAAAUCCUCCAAAGACAGCAAACCAGGACGGUCUAAACUCCAACCACUACCAGACUCGCCCGAGUCCCCCUCCCCAACCCCUCCAUUCUCCUCCUCAUCCGCAACAUCAACAUUUUCCCGCCCAGGCACGGCAGGGAGCACCACAACCACACGCCGAAAGAAGGAUAAGGAUAAGAGACAUGAAGAGGACCUUUUGGGCCCUGCGAGCCCGUUGGAUGAGUUUGCGCAGCCGUUGACUGAUAGAGUGGUCGUCGUUUCUGGGGCUAGUAGGGGUAUCGGGCUGGAGUUCGUUAAACAGCUCAGUCAAGACCCGCACACGCUCGUCAUCGCCCUUAUCCGGAAUCCAGAAACCGCAGCCAAGCUCGUACAGCUCACGAGCACCCAAGUGGUCGCUAUCCAUGCUGACGUCACGGACGAAGCGUCCCUCCGGGCAGCAGCGAGCGAUGUGUCCAAGCUCGCGAAGGGGAAAGUGGACAUGCUCAUCAACUGCGCUGCAGUAAAUACAGACCCUGACAAGACACUAGAAGAGUGGGAUGCCGAAGGUCUGAACCUCCACCUAGCAACAAACGUCACCGGUCCUGUACUCACAACGAACGCCUUCCUCCCGCUCCUGCGCCACUCUUCUCAAAAACCGAAAAAAAUCAUAAACCUCACCUCGGGAAUGGCCUCCCUCACGCUCAACUCGCCUGCCAACCCGCCAAGCCCGAGCUAUGCGGCGUAUACGAUCUCCAAGUGUUGCUUGAACGCUGCUACGCGGAAGUAUGCGGUUGAGCUUGGGCGGGAGGGAAUGCUGUUUGUGGCGCUUAGCGCUGGGUGGGUGAGGACAGAUAUGGGCGGACCGGACGCCCCCCUCUCAGCACAAGAAGCAGUCUCCCAGCUGCUGAGGGUAAUAGAAGGCUUGAAACAGGAAGAUAAUGGAAAGUUUUUGCAUAUCAAUGGGGAGGAGAUCGAUUUCUGAGACUUGUGGGAAACGGGGAUUGGGGUUGUGGUUGGCUUUAGGCAGGCUGGGGGGGGGAGGCAGCUAUCGGGUCGCGGUUACGGCAAUGGUUGAGCCUGGGUGGAAGGGCCGAGCUGUUCUGGGCGAGCGGGCACGCAGGCGACAGAGAGAUAGAUAUAUCCGAACUUAAUGUACCGUGCUCCCCUUCUUCCUUUCCUCCAUUCACUGUCCAUUCCUCCUUGCCGAUCUAACACGUAUCACC